CGGGGGUCGGCGUGGGGCGGUCCGGUCCGAGGGAGGCGGCCAUGAGCGCGUUCGGGGCUGCGGCACCGCUCCCGGGCUUCUCGGCCGCGGCGGGGGCCCGACUCGGCGGCGGCGAGAGCCUGGAGAAGAUCGACAUGUCCCUGGAUGAUAUAAUCAAGCUGAACAAGAAAGAAGAGAGAAAGCAAUACUCUCCCAAAAUAAAAAGAGAACUUCAGCAGAAUCGAGCUCGACAGUUCAGUUCUCAAGGCUCCAAGUGGGGAAUCCAACAGCAGAAAGGUUAUGGUAAGAAUCGUUUGGGACGCAGAAAGAAGAUAGCAGGGAAGAAACGUCCUUAUGGAGUCAUAACUGGCCUGGCAGCCAARAAAGCUGUGGGUUCACACAAAGGAAUCAGUCCUCUGAACAGACAACCACUGAGUGAGAAGAAUGCACAGCGGAAUUACCCAGUCUUGAAAAGGAAAACAAACCUGCAGAGACAAUCUGAAAUGCAGAGAAAACAAGCUCCUGCCCUCAGGAGGCCUGCCCUGCUAAACAGGAGGAAUAACAUGCCAUCCACUUUUGUCAGAAUUGGAAACAAACUAAAUCAGCAGAAAGACACUCGUCAAGCAACUUUCCUGUUUAGAAGGGGCCUGAAGGUGCAGGCCCAGGUGCAGUCAGCAGAUGAUCUUGAUAAUCAGACAGCAAAGAGAACUCGUCAGUGGCGAACUUCUACUACAAGUGGAGGGAUCCUGACUGUGUCUAUUGACAAUCCAGGAGCAAUCAUAAGCCCAAUUUCCCAGAAAUUACGAUUAACUCGUAGCCCUGUGCCACCAUUUCUGAUGAAGAGGGACCAGUCUGAAGAGAAGAAGAUUCCAAAAGGGGUUCCACUGCAGUUUGAUAUAAAUAGUGUUGGAAAACAGACAGGGAUGACAUUGAACGAACGAUUUGGGAUCCUGAAGGAGCAGAGGACAGCACUGUCUCAGAACAAAGGAAGCCGUUUUGUAACAGUGGGCUAAUCUGGCAGAUGGACUUGGGCACUGAGCCCACCUGCCUAAGAACCUGAGAUAAAAGUGGGCAGAAGAAUACAGCAUGUGUCACUAGAAAUCUCUAGACAUCUUGUUAAGAUGGUGGCAGAGCUAUCUCUAUUACUUUUACUUGGAUGGUAAAAGACUUGAUGCCCGGAGAGAGAAAAAGUGGAGAGAAACUGAUCCAUCAUAGUGGCACCAUCACCUGGUUGGAAAAGAUUCUGUUGCCCAGCUGAGUUCUUUGACCCCUCUGUUAUGGUAAAGAUGUUUAAAUGUUUAAUUACAAACCCCAUUUUAGGGUUUUUUAGGGACUGCCUUUGAGCUCUUUUCAGAAUCCAGUUUAGCACAGAGCCUCAGUCCMUGGAUACUUUGGUAGCAGUGUAGUGGCAUUUUUCAUGGGAGCAUUGGUUCUGUACUUCUUUGUACUUUAAAGUUCCAUUUUUUUCCCUUUCUUGAAAACUUAAUGUUUUGCAUCCUCACUUUCACAAAUAAAGCUCUUAGCUGAGACCCAAAAUUUGAAACUGGGAUGGAGACUAUUCUACUCUUAUCCUUAGAAGUGUCCAGAUCAUAUAACAUAUUGGAGUAAUACUGCAGAGGCAGUGUGAGUGUCCUUUAUAUUCCAAAUAGCUCAAGUUCAUCAUCUUUCUCUUUAAAUGGAGUUUAUCUGUCUUCUUCUUAAACUUUUGCUUUUUUUUUUUUUUUUU